UUGUCCGAUGAGGAUCUGGAGCUGGGGUUGGGCAUUAACAACCCCAUGCACCGCAGGAAACUCCGCCUUGCUAUUGAGGACUACCGGGAGGCAGAGAACGGACGAGGAAUUUCCAAUGCUGCUGAUAUGGAAUGUCACUGGGUGUCUAAGAGCUGGCUGAGUGACGUUGGGCUCCCUCAGUACUCACAAGUCUUCCAAAAUCAAUUAGUGGAUGGCAGAGUACUGAACUCACUCACACGGAGGGACUUGGAGACCAUCUUCAACAUUACCAACAAGUUCCAUGUAACUAGUAUUCUAUCAGCCAUUCAGCUUCUGCAAAUGCUCAACUUUGAUAAAGAGAAUAUACAGGCACGUCGUGCUCAGUGCGAGAAUCGAGAUGUGGAUCCAGUGGUCUGGACCAGCCACCGUGUCAUUAAAUGGAUCAGAGACAUUGAUCUUAAGGAAUAUGCAGAAAGCCUUCGGAACAGUGGCAUCCAUGGUGCUGUAAUGGUUCUAGACCCGACCUUCAGUGCAGACAGCAUGGCCAAGGCUUUAGACAUCCCGAACAAUAAAAACAUGAUCCAUCGGCAUCUUUACGAAGAAAUGAAGGUGCUCCUCAAUCCAGCAAGAACGAAUCAGACCCAGGACUACAGGAAAGAGGGAACUCCGACACAUUCUCCCGUCUCAAAUUGCCGCAAAACUGAGGAAGGACUUUCUCCCAGGCUAAAAGUUGGCAAGAGUCCUAUGAGAUUCAAUCCAUUGGUCACUGCUGAGCGGGACUUGACUUUUCAAAGCAACUGUGGAUCACCACCCAGAGAAGAUCGAAUCAAGAUCCUGCAAAGGACCAAGGGCAGUCCCAUGCAUGGUUAUUCAAGCAUAGAGAUCACUAAUGUGUGAGGGUAACAGCCUAUGUUUACCUUGGAUGAACUAGGAAGAGUGAACUCUAGAGCUCCCUCCAAUGCCUAAAUGGGCCAAAUGAGGUCAAUCAUUCUUAAAAGUUAUUUGAACAUGGACCAUUUGCACUUUAGAGAAUUUGUAUUGGCAACAAAUAACAACUAAGCACUUGAAGGAAAAUCUUAUUGAUAUGCUGCACUGAAUAGACAGAUAUUUUGUUACUAACAACAUACUUAUAUAGAAUGAACUUGCUUUGAUUCCUGUAACUGCCAGCACAGAGGAUACAGGCAGGACUGUAGGUAUGCAGCUGAAACAUCAAUACUACAUGUUCAGAUGUCCACUCCCUGUAUCAAUGUCAUCACAAUGGUGUGUUUGUUUAAAGUGUACUUGAAUGAGGAAUACUGUAAUAGUGUGAAUAUUUGUGAAAAAGUUUGGAAUGCCUCAGCAAAGUCUUUUUUAAAGGAAUAAUUCACCCAAAAAAGACAAUCUCUCAUUAUUUACUGACCCUUACAACAAACGCCAAACUCAAAUUACUUUCUGUCUUCUGCGGAACACAAAUGAAGAUUGAGUGGUUUUGACCAUGCAGUGCAAGUCAUUGGUGUCCUACAGCAGCAGAAAGUUAAUCCAUGCAACUCGAGUGGUUUAACUGCCUGAGACCCCCACGUGACUGCUGUGCAGUGUUGGGUGUAAUGCAUUACUAAGCGCUAUUUUAACUGCAAUUAAAUUACUUUUUCGUUGAAAAAAGUAAAGUAAGGGAUUACUCUUAAUUUUUCAGUAAUUUAAUUUCAGUUACUUCUGAUGUAAUUGUGUUAAAUACUGUAUAGACUAUAUAAUAAUUCUAUAUAAAAAAUAGUGAAUUUAAAAUAGAAAUGUAAUGUCUUUUAUGUUAAAAUGUAUGUCACUGAAUAAAUAAUUCCGAUUAAAAGUAAUCAGCAGCAUCAUCAAAUCACUGCCAACCAUGUUAUAAUAAAAUUUAGCAUUAUAAAAUUCUGAAUCUAUGUACUGAUUAUCAUUGUUCCAUGUCUGCCAAACAUGUUGAGUGGUCCAAACAUUAUCUGCAGCCUGAAAUUGACCUUUUGGUCAGAUUUGAGGAGGAAAUACGCUUAAAUGCAUAGAAAGAAAUAGGAUACACCCUUGCUCCCUAUUUAGUGAAUGACUUAACCUCCAGUGUGCUGUCUGUCUCCACUGGUCUCAGAACAGUUAGAAAUGCACCAUAUUUUCAUCCUAACUCCAUAUAAAGCCUCUGAAAGCAACAUUUUUCAGCUUUUGCAUGAACACAUUUAUUCUCAAUGUGAAAAUACAGAGUAAAUAUAUAGGAAUGCAUUUAUUAAUGAAUAGAACCGUAUUGUACAGUGAUACCAAAACAUAACUACAUUUAUAUUAAAAUGAAGCGAAAUGACCCACAGAUGUGUUAUAGUUGAAAACUAUUCAAAAGAACUCAAAUGCUUUUUCAACUUUUGAGGGAAAAUGGUUCCAUUUUCCAAAUAUGUGGACUUCAUGUUUGUCAGUGCGCUGACACGCAAAAAGUUUAUGGAUUUUAAAGCGGGAUAUCAAAUGAAACUAGAGACGAUACUCUUUACAACCAAACAGGUUUCAAUAAAAAAACGUAAAGAAAUUUCUUACCAGAGGCACUUAUGUUGGCGCUGUUCCCAUAUGAGCGCUUCCUGGAAAUCAACAUCAUGCUGUUGUGUCACAUGAUGCGGAGAAGUUUGACCCUUUAAUGACAAUGUAGAGUCUUGUGAACAGUAUUCAGUCAGUUUUAAUUCAUUUAAAUUAUACGUUGCAUAUAGCUACGCCAAAAUACAACGUCCCCACGUGUGGAUGCAGGGUCGCACAAAGUUAAUCCAUGCCUUCUGAAGAAAUAUGAUCUGUUUUGGGAGAGAAAUAGACCAAAAUGUAACUUUGUCACUACUCUGUGUAUGUGUUAAGUGGGAGGGAGUGUAGGAGACUGCAGAUGUCAAGAUUUAAAUUUAAAAAGUAGUUACAGUUUCUCACCCAAAAGCAAUCAUAUUGUUUCAGAAGACGUGAAUUAAACCGCUCGAGUCGUAUCUCAUAUGGAUCCUUUAUGGAUUGUGAAAGUGUUCCAUUACUCCAUUGGCGUGCAUUUUUAUAGAUAUAUUCACAUCAUAUUUCAAUGAGAAGAAAGAAAGUCAUACACGUUUGAGAUGGCAUAAGGGUGAGUAAAUUACGAGAGAAUGAUUAUUUCUUUGGGUGAAAUAUUCCUUUAAGCCAUCUGUUGACAUCUGCUAAGAUGUUUGUGUUUUCUGAGUCUCAUUUUCAUUAUAACAUUUGAAAGCAACAGUCACUUAUCUGGUAUUGUAGUGUGGAUAAUAGAUUAGUAUCAUUCAGUCAAUCCAGUUUAAUUGAAAUGAGUCUUCCGACUUGAUACAAACUUUAGGGGAAUGAAAGAAAAAUGUAAUUUCUUCUCUCUCUCUCUUAUUAAAUUUUUUAUUUUUUUCAAGGUCUCUAGCUGUCUUACCAUGCAUGCAGUUCAAUCUGUAUGAUGAUAUACACCGAUCAGCCACAACAUUAAAACUACCUGCCUAAUAUUGUGUAGGUCCCCCUCUUUCUGCCAAAAUAGCACCAACACGCAUCUCAGAAUAGCGUUCGGAGAUGCUAUUCUUCUCACCACAAUUGUACAGGGAGUUACCAUAGACUUUGUCAGUUCUUUGGAUUUUCAGUGUGUGAUCAGCAGUUACAGAAAUACUCAAACCAAUCUGUCUGGCACCUACAAUCAUCCAUGUGAUUAUCUAAACAGACAAUCAUGUGGCAGCCAUGCAGUGCAUAAAAUCAUGCAGAUACAGGUCAGGAGCUUCACUUAGUGUUUACAUCAACCAUCAGAAUGGGGAAAAAUCAUAUCUUAGUGAUUUGGACGGAGUUAUGAUUAUUGGUGCCAGAUGGGCUGGUUUGAGGAUUUUUGUAACUGCUGAUCUCCUGGGAUUUUCACAAACAACCAGGACUGGACUGGUAAUCUGGCAUACCGGGCAUUUUCCCGGUGGGCCAACGCACUUUGGGGCCGAUCAGGGGCGGACUGGCCAUUGGAAGAACCGAGCGGGCCGGUGGGUGGGCCAUGAAACGGAUCAAAUGGGCCACGAUAAGCAAAAAUGAGCCGCCGCAUUAUGCAGAACGGAAAAGGACAGAAAACUUUUGGGCCAGUUGCUAUGUAAAAUCCCAGGCCGAUUUCUCUGCCCAGUCCAGCCCUGCACACAGUAGUCUCGAGAAUUUACUCAGUGUGGUGCCAAAAACAAAAAAACAUCCAGUGAGUGGCAGUUCUGCGGAUGGAAAUGUCUUGUUGAUGAGAGAGGUCAACAGAGAAUGGCCAGACUGGUUCGAACUGACAGUCUACAGUAACUCGGAUAACUGCUCUGUACAAUUGUGAGUGCUAUUCUGAGAUGCUGGACUGUUUUGGCGGCACGAGGGGGACCUACACAAUAUUAGGCAGGUGGUUUUAAUGUUGUGGCUGAUCGGUGUAUAUAUACAGUAUAUAAAUAUAUAUAAUAGUGAAUAUCAUGCACAAAUGUACAGUAAGGAAAUGCAAGGAUGAUCUGAUUGGAAAAGGUUUAAUCAGUUGAGAAUGUCAUGAACAGGGCUCCUAAAUAAAUGUAAAGGAAAGUGAAAUGCAGUAUAUAAUCUACAAGCCAAUGCAGCACAUGCACAUUAUACAGCUGUGUUUUCCUAAGUAUCCCUAAUGGAGCCACAGGGCAAUGAGAGCAAAACAAGUUUUGCAGCUCAGAGUGUAAUGGCAUUGGUGCAAACAACCUCUGUCAUGUGUGUAUAUUCAUGUUAGAGAACAUGACUAAUGACAGAGUCUUUCACAAAUUCAACCAAUCAGAUCUAUUUAAAAUCAGGAUUCUGCUGAAUCUGAAAGAAAAUGCCUUUUGAUUGACACUUCUUAUUAGACUUGUUUUGCACUGCACACCAGCACUAUAAAAAAGCACAAGAAGAAAAUAGCUGAUGUGGGUGUAUUUUUAAAGUGGGUUUUGCAAUCACAAAUCAUUUUGAUAUCAUUGUACCUUGUGGCAUUAGUGAAAAUGUCCUUUUGAGAAACAUCUGUAUAUAGAAUUCAUGUGUCAUUGA